UUUUGAUGUGUGAAUAGACUACAAACGUUUCUUCCGAUUCUCUGAAAAUGAAAAUCAUUGUGAUCUUGGUGCUGAUUUUCGCCACGGAAUCUUUCGCCGUGCCCUUCACCUACCUUGAAUCAGUGCUGCAACAUGUUCGCGGUCCUAGAAAUUACGUUAUAAACCGUGAACCAGAAGUGGUUUUGUCCGAGUAUGACUUUGUGAUCGUUGGAGCAGGGCCAGCCGGGUGUGUUUUGGCCAACCGAUUAUCCGAAAACCCAGAAUGGAAAAUUCUCCUCGUGGAAGCUGGCCGUUGGGAGACGUUCUUAUCCGAUAUACCGAUAUUCGUCAGUUACUUCCAGUUCACAGACUUCAACUGGCAUUACCUGAUGGAACGCCAAGAAGGAGUCUGCGAGGGGAUGACGGAUGGUAGAUGCCACUGGCCACGUGGGAGAGGCGUCGGAGGCUCGAGUAUAAUAAACUACAUGAUCUACACGCGAGGCAAUCGACAGGACUUUCUGGAUCUCGAAGCCGCCGGAAACUACGGCUGGGGACCAAACGAGACGCUUUACUACUACAUGAAGAGCGAAAAAGCGAAAUUGUCCGCCCAUCCGAAUUCUCCGUACCAUCGACGCGACGGUUAUCUCAGUGUUGGGGAUGUGCCCUUCAGGUCCGAAAUGGCGUCUACUUUCCUCGACGCCACCGCAGAACUGGGGAACAAAAUCCUCGACUACAACGGCGAAGAUCAGCUCGGUUUCUCGUACAUUCAGUCCACCAUUGAGAACGGCAGAAGAUGUAGCGCAGCGAAAGCAUUUCUGAGGCCGAUUCUUGGGAGGAAGAAUUUGCACAUUUUGGCCAAUACAAGAGUGACGAAAAUCCUGAUAAAUCAGAGAUCGAAGGUCGCCUACGGAGUUGAAUUUAUCAGGAAACGUCAGGUGACACGAGUAUUCACGCGAAAAGAGGUGAUCCUGUCGAGCGGAGCCUUUAAUUCUCCUCAGCUGUUGAUGCUUUCUGGUAUUGGGCCAAAAGAACACCUGGAGGAACUCGGAAUCCCGGUUGUCCAGAAUCUCAGAGUAGGAAAAAAUUUGCGAGAUCACAUUUCGUUUCUGAGCCUAACAUUCCUGACUUCAAAAGGUACAAGCUUGAAUGAAAAGAUACUUCUCAACAAUACAGGAUACUUGGUUGAUUGGCUUAAAUACGGUACAGGACCUCUGACAAUAACUGGAGGCGUGGAAGCGAUCGGGUACGUAAAAACGAAGUACAACAAUUUCCCGGGUAACAAGCCAGACAUCGAGCUUUUCUUCUUGAUCGGUUCGCUAAGCUCCGACGGAGGAUCGACCUACCGAAAGAGUUUCCACAUAAGCGAUGAGACGUACGAAGCAGUUUACCGAGAAAUCGACUACGCGGACUGCUUCACGAUAGUCCCGAUGCUUCUACACCCAGAAAGCGAAGGCGAGCUGCGGUUGAAGAGUCGAGAUCCUUUUGCUUGGCCGAAAUUUUACGGAAACUACUUGACCAAGGAUAUUGAUAUCAAGAGAAUGGUCGCUGGGAUCAGGGAGGGAAUCCGUAUAGCCGAGACAAAGGCCUUCAAGAUCCACCAGCCUCGUAUUCACAACAAACCAUUCCCGAAAUGCGCUCAAUUCAAGUUCAACAGCGACGCCUAUUGGGAAUGCGCCGUGCGCAUGGUCACCGCCACUCUUCACCAUCAGGUCGGAACCUGCAAAAUGGGACCACAAACCGACCCCGGAGCAGUCGUCGAUCCAGAACUCAGAGUCCACGGUAUCGACUUCCUCAGGGUCGCGGACACUUCGAUCAUACCAAAACCAUGGAGCGCUCAUACCAACGCGCCGAGCUUCAUGAUCGGCGAAAAGGCGGCUGACAUGAUCAAGAGGACUUGGAUUGGUUUUUAGACCUCUGUUAUACACAACCAUUGAAAUGAUGAAAUGAUCAACUCUGCAAAGCUGCAAAGAAAUGAAAGCCUUUUGAUGAGAAGGCUUGAUGAUGAUCAAUCAGUGUUCUCGUAAAACUGUCGAACGAAAUGGUUUUGAGACAAAUUAUUUAAAAGAUAAUUAUGCAUUGUUUCCUAA